UACCUUUUGGAAGCCAUUUUGUAUGGUUUCUAUUCUGUGUUUGCGUUUGGUGUGCAGUUUUGCGGAUAAAUUCGUGCAGGCACGCACUUUUAUUGUUUAAUUAUUUUUACUAACCUUUCGACUGCUGUUUACAGUGUUACUUUUUUUUUUGUAUAGCGGAAUAGGACGAUUUACUAUCGAAUAAAAAUGGCAGAACAAUCAAAGACAGACAUGAAGCACAUCCUGCAGCUGACGAAGGAGGCGCGUCGAAUCUUUCUCAACUCGUUCGACACGCUCAUGUCGGAUUGUGAUGGUGUGCUGUGGAACUUUACCGGUCCCAUACCCGGGGUGGACAAAGCGCUGCAGCUGCUGCGUGCCGAUGGGAAGAAGCUGGCCUUCAUCUCCAACAAUGGCAUGCGUACGAUGGAGGAGUAUCAGAAAAAGUUUCACUCGCUCGGCAUUGACGCACUCGAGGAGGAAAUAGUUCAUCCAGCCCUGACCACGGUUCAUUAUCUGAAAUCGAUCCAUAUGCGGGAUGCUGUCUACUGCAUCGGGACCGAAGUGUUCAAGGAUUAUCUACGGAGGGCAGGCUUUAAAGUUCUGGAUGGACCUAAGGAACGUUUCCCGGAUACUCGCGAGGCGAACCAGGUGCGCGUGUACACGGAUUACUUUGAGCAGCGCGGUCCAAAGGUCGGUGCCGUGGUGAUCGAUAUCGAUGUGAACCUUUCGCUGCAGAACCUGAUGAAGGCAAAGUGUUAUCUGGAGCGUGAUCCGAACUGUGUGUUCAUUGCCGGUGCAACCGAUUACAUUAUACCGCUCGAUUCCAGCAUGGAUGUGAUAGGACCGGGAUACUUUAUCGAUAUCCUGGAGCGUUCGACUGGGCGGAAAGCACUCAUUCUUGGCAAACCGGGAAAGGCACUGGCACAGGUGGUCUUAAAGCAGUUCCAGAUUACUGAUCCGAAACGCGUUCUGUUUGUUGGUGACAUGAUGCCACAAGACAUGGGAUUCGGCACGCGGUGCGGUUUCCAAAAGCUGCUCAUGCUGAGUGGUGGGACCCCGAAGGAUGCUUUACUAACCCAGGACGACGCUGACCAGCUGCCGAAUUAUUACGCAGACAGCUUUGCGGAUUUCAUCCAACUGUACAAUGAAAACAUGAACGUAGAAGAAUAGCCGUACAGCACGGCAUACAACUGAUAACAAGCGCACGACUUUAUCAUCUCAACAUAUGUAAACAUACCUGUAUUUAGCAUUUAAUGACCCACCAAUAAACAAAAUUCGACGUAUCAAAUGCAGCA